GGCUGCUUCAUAAUUCUAUCGUUUUUAAUUCUUUCAUACGUAUUUGAAGGUACGCAUGCAGUGACGGAGUAAAUAAAAGCCUAUAUAUAAACAAUACAAGAACCACUAUGAAAAACUCACUUCAAUUAUUCUCACCAGAUCUCAUAUCUUCGUUCAAACUAAAACAUGGAUUCAUCAAACACUAAUCUUCCGGUGCUGUCUCUGCCUAAAGCAGACUCGGAGCUUGAUGCUGCUGCAAUCAAAAUUCAAAAGGUUUAUAAGAGUUACCAAACAAGAAAAAACCUUGCAGAUUGUGCAAUUAUUGUGGAAGAGUUAUGGUGGAGGGCAUUGGAGUUUGCUGCUCUUAAAAGAGCCUCCGCUUCGUUUGUUGAUGGUGAGAAAUCUAAACAAGUUCGCGUCUCUGAGUUUGAUGCUGCUGCAACUAAAAAUCAAAAGGAUUACAAAGGUUACCGUACUAGAAGAACAUUGAAGAAUGGAAGAAAGUUAAAGAAAAAAUAAUCGUUUGUGUCAUAUGAAUGAACGAUUGUGAUAUAUCUUAUUAUGUAUUUAUGUUAUAUAUUUAUUUAUUUUGUUUGAUCAUUUUUUAAAAUAAAUAUGUUGGAAAUAAAGUCUUUUGUGUUUAGGAAAAAUAUGCGUGAGAAUAUUAGAGGUUUGAGUAAAAACAUGAUAGAUAGAGAAAUUCUUUGUGAAAAAGAUAACUUUUUUUUGUUUGAUAUAAAAAUAUAGGAUUAUAUCU